AUGUACGCGGGGCCAUGGAGGAUUGUGCUGAGGCAUAAACUGCAUCCGUCGGCCCUUCGUUCUCAGCUCAUACACCGCUCUUGGUCCUGCACUCCUCGACAAGCUGCGAAAAGAGACCGGCUUCCGACAUACGCGAAACCGGCUACACCAAAGACUCCGGGUGCAGCACUCGGGCCCGUGACUAAAUCGAAGAAGAGUUUGAUAAACGAUGGCCCCUACUACAUCUCGCCCGACCUUGCCAGGACCUUGCACGAUCUGGGCUUCUUUUCAAUCCCGGAUGUCGUGAAGGUGCUAAGGCGUCUGUGCCAGGAGCUGAAAAAACUUCCUCCUGCGAAUGCCAUAGUAUCUGCAACCACACAGCAGAGGUUUAUUCAGGUAUCGGAGGAAGCUCUGGGCUCUGCUGAGGUUGCUCUGAUGCGAGAUCCACAGAUUCUACGCACGGCGUUCCAUUCAUUGGGCCAGAAUGCAUUCCUGAUGCAAAAUCGCAGAGGCGGUGAAGGCUGUGAUGCCUUACGAAUGGCAUUCCUUGCAGGGAAAACCGACGCGGGUGUGGACGCUGCUGCAGCUGAGAUCGCUGUGGGUGCGUCAGUAGGUCAGCAAGAGCCUCGUCUUUCCCCGCGAAUCUUCGACUUUAUCAAAGCGAAAGCAUUCCAAAGGAGUGAUUGGUCAGCAAUAAUACUGUACUUGGAUGAAAUGUCGAGGAAGAUCGGCACCGAAGCAAGCGCACGAGAAAAUUAUGAGGUCGCCAAAGAUUUGGUCGACAUGGUUGAACCCAGCAAGCAUCUCAGUCGUCAGAAUUCGUCUCUCUUAAAGCAUUACAAAUCGCCAUGGAGGAUUCUUCAUGAUGCAGCGCAGUCCUAUUUAUCUUACCUUGGUGAAGGUGCAGUCUACAAUCAGGUCCGGUCGGACCUUGAAAAUGCUCUCCGAGAUGGACUUUUCAAGUACUCCGAUCUUUCAGCCGUCCCUCUCGCGUUGCAACAGCCAGGUGUGCUCGAAAAGCAUUCAAAGGAAUGGAUUGAGCUUGCCACGCAAUCUGCCAGGGCCGGCGAUCCAGACUCUUCCAUGCAACUGGCAUUCUACUACCUCCGUAAAGACGGAUGGCGUCCUGCGGAGCCGAAUAAGAAACCUCAAGAUUGGACGGGCGUAGAGUGGCUCGCUGUCAGCGCUGCUCUGUCGGCUCCCAAUACGGGGACCAUGGCAGCAAAAUACCUUGGACUAGCCCACCUUUUGCGUGAACACGGGUAUGCGGACGAGGGCAAUUCCUGGAUUGACUUUGCAAAGGAGAGCAUGGGCGAGGCGGGACUAGACCCGGAAAACACGUGGCACAACUAUUUGAGCGAAUUUCAGCAGGCUUGGAGCGACACGGACGAGUCGUUGAAGAAACAUGAGAAAUCCAGUGAGGAGUUCCUCGGGCAAUUGGAGCGAGCCUAA